GGGGGGGGGGGGGGGGGGGGGGGGGGGGGUGUGCAAAGACGAAAGUGCUACCAUUUUGGGGAGAAACAAGAAGAAAAAGAGAAGAAUUGAAGCCAUCGUGAGGACAUGGCUAUCCUGUGCUACCUACCUUCUAAAGACGGUGCCUUGCAGGAGUGUUAAAGCCGGAGCAGGGGACCCCAGAAAUUACCUAGAGAGGAAACACCAGAACAAGACCUGCAGAACGAACAGACGUCUGUGCUCUCGUUGGAUGUUAGAUAUCGAAUAUGGCAUUACGUCAAGCGCCGAUCCGGAGAGUAAAAGGCACAAAGGAUCGGCAUGUGUUGUAUUGACUCGGUAUGAUCAGAUUGACUCCAUUUCCGUGUAA